AUGGUGAGCAAGGGGCCGCUGCUGCGCCUGUUGACUGCCAUCAACCGGAGGAGGAUGAAGCUGCUUAUGGGACUCGCCUUCGUCGCCUAUGUCGCCUCCGUAUGGGGAAACUUUGUCAAUAUGAGUUUUUUUGCCAACAGGUCUCUUCAAGAAAAUGGAGAUCAGAAGGUGGAAAGUAAAAUAGAAGAGGUUAUUGCACCUCUAAGGGAGAAAAUCAAAGAUCUGGAAAAAAGUUUCACCCAGAAAUACCCACCAGUGAAAUUUUUGUCAGAAAAGGAUCGUAAAAGAAUCCUGAUAACUGGAGGAGCAGGGUUUGUGGGUUCUCAUCUUACUGACAAACUAAUGAUGGAUGGCCAUGAGGUUACAGUUGUGGACAACUUCUUUACGGGCAGGAAAAGAAAUGUGGAGCACUGGAUUGGUCAUGAGAACUUCGAACUGAUAAAUCAUGAUGUCGUCGAGCCCCUGUACAUUGAAGUGGACCAGAUCUAUCAUCUAGCAUCUCCUGCUUCUCCUCCAAAUUACAUGUAUAAUCCUAUAAAAACAUUAAAGACCAACACUAUUGGGACAUUGAACAUGCUGGGGUUAGCUAAACGUGUUGGAGCACGGCUGCUGCUGGCCUCUACAUCAGAGGUAUAUGGAGAUCCUGAAGUUCACCCCCAAAAUGAGGAUUACUGGGGACAUGUAAAUCCAAUAGGACCAAGAGCCUGCUACGAUGAAGGAAAACGAGUUGCAGAGACCAUGUGCUAUGCAUACAUGAAGCAGGAAGGAGUUGAAGUGAGAGUUGCCAGAAUAUUCAAUACCUUUGGUCCUCGAAUGCACAUGAAUGAUGGUAGAGUUGUCAGUAACUUUAUUCUACAAGCUCUCCAGGGAGAACCACUAACAGUCUAUGGACCUGGAACUCAGACAAGAGCUUUCCAGUAUGUCAGUGAUCUCGUGAAUGGGUUGGUGGCAUUGAUGAACAGCAAUGUCAGCAGUCCUGUCAACUUGGGAAACCCAGAAGAGCACACUAUCUUAGAAUUUGCCCAGUUAAUUAAAAAACUUGUUGGGAGUGGGAGUGAAAUCCAGUUUCUCUCAGAAGCACAGGAUGACCCUCAGAAACGAAAACCUGACAUCAGAAAAGCCAAGUUAUUGCUUGGCUGGGAACCUGUGGUCCCACUGGAAGAAGGUUUGAAUAAAGCAAUUCAUUACUUCCGUAAAGAACUUGAGUAUCAGGCAAACAAUCAGUAUAUUCCUAAACCAAAACCUGCAAGGAUGAAAAAAGGAAGAACAAGACAUAACUGA